AUGCUCUUCACACAAGUCGCCCUCCUCGCAGCAGCAACCCUCGUCGCCGCCGACGCAGCCGCAGCUCCCCAACCCGAAAUCACCCAACCUGCCGUCCUCCCCCGCGACAUCAUCCCCGACGACGUCAAGUCCUGGGCCGAAGGCAAAGCGUCCGCCGCCGGCCAAGACGUCGACGACUGGGUAAAGAGCCACUACUCCGAAGCCGAGCAAUGGGCCUCCGACAAGGGCGGCGACGCCAAGACCUGGGUCGAGGGUCAAGCCUCUGAAGCACGCGACAAGGGCUCCGAGAUUGCUUCUCGCGCCAGCACUGCUUUCGACGGCGUGAGCUCGCGGGUUCGCACUGCUAUUGAUGAGGCCAGUGCUAGUGCCUCUGCUGCUGCGAAUAACGACAAUGCUGCUGCUAGUGUUGGGGGUACACAGGCUGGUGUUGUUGCUAUGAUGGCUGCUGUUGGCGCUGCUGUUUUCGGCUUCAUGGCUUAA